GGCGGAGCGGGAAGGGGGAGGCACCUGCGCGGAGGAGCGCUGAACAGAGACAGAGCGCGGCCGGGUGGGUGACAGAGGGUUCAGGCUGCGUUUGUUCUUGAAGUGUUAUUAGCUUAAAUACAAACAAGUCCUUAGGUGCGUUUUGGUGUAUGAGAUGUUUGGAUGCUGUUUCCUGCUGUUCAGAGAGCGGGCGGGCGGGUGUUGGUGUCGGGAGGGGCGGGCUGGGGCCGCGCCCGGGGGCGUCCCGCCGCCGCGGUGUUCUGCCCGCGGGGACCCCCGUGGAGACGCCGCCAGCAGCGGCUGUGCCCCGGGCGCUGGGCACGCACCUCUCUCCUGCAGGGACUGAGCGAGUAUAAGAGGAGCUUCAGAUGGAAAACCCCAGAGCUGCGUAGCCCGUCCCAGCAGCAGAAGCCCGUGUGGGCAGGACUCCGGUCGGAUCAGUUUGGAAUCACAAGAGAACCAAACUUCAUUUCCAAGAGAAGGGUGCCUUACCAUCACCCACAGAUUUCAAAGUCCUUUGAAUGGAUGGCCGAUUGUGAUUCGAAUGACCCACUUGAAACUGAGGCUCCUAAGGCCGCAGAGUUGCAUGCAGACCACAACAACAACAAUGUGAAUCAGGAAAAAAUUGAUACACCAGAAGGACCCAGACUCCCCCCAGAAGUUCAGUUAAAUUCGGUAGAUUCCAGAGGUGAAGCAGCUCUUGCCCUUGCAGAAAACAACAUGAAAAGAUCAGCUUCUGCAGCUCCACCAAAUCAGAAUGAAGCAUUUGCAUCUCCAAAAAAGGAAACUGAAAAAGUGGGUAAUGGGCUUCAGAGGGUCCUUCAGAGGAAAGCAGGCAUGAACAUUUCACAUUUAAAUACUUUCCCCAGAAAUUCUGAAUAUCGAAGCCAAUUUGUUUGGAAGAAUCCUCAUGAAAAGUCACCAAUACUUGCAGCUGAACAGGUUAUUAGCAACACAAGUAAAUCCACGCCUCCAUUUAAAUCUCCUGCAAUUACUACAGAAACUGCACAUGAGAGAAAUUUUAAAGCGUCUCCUCCUGCUAAGGAUCCACAAGAAGAGAGAGGUGGUUCAGAAGAGAAGGAAUUUCAGAGUAAGAGGGAAGAACCACUUCAGAAGCCAGCAGAAGAUACAGCAAAACAAGGAAAAUUGGAAGAGAAACAUCCUAAACAAAAAAAUAAGCAACAUAUCAAUCCAAAGCCCCUCUCUUUACGUACAAGUCGUAGGAAGGUGAACACUGAAUAUAAGUCGAAGUUUUUGUCUCCAACCCAGUAUUUCUACAAAGAUGGAGUUUGGUCUCGUAUUAGGAGUAGAGUUCCCAACCAAGUAUCUCAAAACACCUUAAAUUCCAUGUGGUAUAUGGAGGUGAGAGAACUUCGAGAAAGAGCAAAGGCUUACAGGCAACAAGUAGAGGGAACACACUUCUCCCGAUACCAUCUCAAUCAGAUCCUGUCUGAUAAUAACAGUCUUUGGGAUGUGUCUUCAAAUUCCAGUUCAGAAGAAAGCAUCAGUAACAACAUCAGAGCACUAGAUCUUGCUGGAGUUUCUGAAAAAGAGACUGCACCAAGCCUUGAAAUGCUGCAGCAGCCUGAUUCCAGAGAACAGCCACACCAGGACAGCACUGAGAGGAAAGACAUGUCAGAAGCUUUAACUGUUCCAGUCAAAAAGCACUUAGCUUGGGGUGAACAAGAAGGUACAGAAAAAAGGGAGAAUCAGCAGAGAACAGAACACGAAGAAAACCAAGAUGAACAUGCUGCAGUUGAGGCUCAGCACUUAGAAGAAAACAAUAAGAAUGCCAACGAAGAUAAGAAAAUUGAGAAUGAGAACGCCUUAGUAUUGAAUUCUUCUGCAGCUGUGUCAAAUUCUCCUGUAUCCUUGAGGACAGGCGGCAGGCUUCCUACUCCGAAGCUGAGAGCGCUUGGUGGAGCUCAGAGGACUCAUCAUGAUCUCACUACUCCAGCUGUUGGAGGUGCGGUUCUAGUGUCUCCUCCAAAAUUCAAGUCUUUGUCUUCACAGCAGAGAGCGCAAGGUUUAGGAACAGUCCCUUCUUCAGCUAAGCAAGGUGCAAGAGAAGCUUCAAAAAGAAGGUCCUUUCAGCCCGGUGUGGAAGUGGAAGCUGCUUCACUCCGUACGUCUCCACCUGCUGGGCUGGGAACUUUGGAUCCUCUGCCACUUAGGCAGGAUCAGCAGCCUACUAACAGUAUUUCUAAUGAGCAAGUUCUUCUUGCUUCAGCUCAUCAAGAGCGUUCCUCUACACCUCCUGUGCUGAAGUCAGCCCAAAGCUACUCUAUGCCUGUCUGGAGUCCCUCUCGUCGUAUUCAAGGGACUCUCAAGGAUCCAGAAUUCCAGCAUAAUGGGAAUAUUGGCAAUCCAAAAAGGAGAACUUUCCAGUUACCCCUUCAGGGAAGAAACUAUAAUGAUGAAGAUGACAGGUUGUCUCAGAUUUCUGCUCGCUCAGCAGCAUCUAGCUCUCUGGCAUCUCAGAUACUGGAACGAGCUCAGAAGAGGAAGGAUUUCUGGGGCAAGACAUAAUCUCUCCCACCUGUUGCAUAGAAACUAUUCUGUAAAACAAUUUAUUUUUUAUAGCUUGUGGUGUACAUUUUAAAAGUUGUGAUUGUAGAUAUCAUGCAGCACUCUUUCACUUACCACUGAUGUGGCCCAACUUUUAGUACUUGCCAUCCCAAUUUAAAAUUUUAAUAUUUAAACCAUUGUUGAAAAUGUAGAUCCUUUAUAUCUGAGAGUUAUGUCUUAAGUUACUGUGUCACAACAGCCAUGUGGAGUUUGUUUGUUUGUUUUUUACAGUGGCACCUUUUGCAACAGAGACAAUUACUUUUGUAUGCAAUGUGUGUGUUACUUCUCAAGGAAUUCUGCUGCAGUCAUGCAAUGUGACCUGGGACAGCAUAGAGGGGCAACAUCAUCAUUCACUGAACACAUCAGUUGCUUGAUUUUAACCAGCUGUCUUCUAUGAAUUGUCAGUAAAUCACAGUUCUGUAACAAAAAAUUACUUUUUCCACUUGCUGCUUUGAACCUUUUACAAAAAAAAAUUUACUAUUUCUUAGUGAAGCUAACAUGGAACAGACAGCAUUUUGAGAAAAGGACACUAGCCUUUAGGGUUUGUUCAUUGUCCACAGUAUUUUGACUAGGAUGACUAUUAGAGUUCAGUGGAUAGAGUACUGCAGCUUGUUAGAGGUACUGAUGUGAACAUUUUUCCUUUUGUAGGCAAGACCCAUAUUUAUUGUUAAUUUCAACUUCUCUGGAAAAGCAACUUCUGCCACCUUAAACAGUGGCCUUCCCCAGCCCCACUUCAAACUCAGGUAUUCAGGAGUAGUUGAUUUCUCUUCAAGUAAACUCAGGAGAAUGUUUUGAUUUUUUUGACUCUUGAGAUUUUGAUUACCUCUCCUCCCAGUUGCUUGUUUCUGGGAGACUGGCAUACUGUCACAAUUGUCACAGUGAAAAAUGUUCACUCAGAUGGUUUUAUCUUUCCAAGUGAGACAAACAACUUAACAUGAAGUAGAGAACGUGGGUGGAUAGCAGGGAUUUGGGGUCUUGUUGUGUGGCUUCAAGUUUUAAUGUUAUGUCAUUCAGAAAUUUUAUACAAGAACAAAUUAUUUGAAUUUUGUACAUGUUUGCUUACAUUUAAAUUUUGUACACAGAUUACUGAAAAUAAAAAAGGUUGUUUGAUUUGUUUCUAUUCCAA